UUAAAUUGAAUUAUAUUAUACAUGUAUUUUAUUUUCAGUUAAAUUCAUCAAGACGAAUAGGGACCGACUACUGGCGAUGUAUCACAACUUCACAUACUUCAAGCAUUAUUCUCUAAAGAAGGGCGCUAGAUGGCAGUGUACGAAGCAUUUCUCACGCCAUUGCAAUUCGUAUCUCAUACUGGACCACAAAGGGAAUUUACUAAGAAUGAAAGAAAAUCAUACACAUCCACCAACGCAGUACCAUCGUAGCAAGUGCGGGCUAUAUGUUAGGAUGUGGUAAAACACAAGUGUAUGUUUGGGAUUUCUUUGUACAGUCAAAGAUUUUAAUUCCCUUCCCACUUGUAAAUAUUGUACUGCAGUCAUCGUAUUUAGCACUAUGUUAUCUAUGAGAAAUUUUCGAUCUAAUUGUAUGGUGUAAAUUUCAGAUUAAUAGAAAUUUUAGUAUUAAUAUAUAAUACAUUAACGUAAUACCUCUUCGAUUCUAUUCAAGUUAGUUAAUAAAAUCAAUCUUAUUACGCGGUAAAUUUUAAGCGUAGGAGUUAAUUUAGUAAUUAUUUAUUAACAAGUUGUAGCUUUCUGUAAUAAAGUGUCGUACUUCUUAAUAUUUUAUCUAUUUGGCCCUACCUAUAUGUCCAUAAAAAUGUUGUUUACAGUCUGAUAAAUCUGGUAAGUCUGUAGAUAGAAGUAGUCUGGUAUAGUCUUAUAAUUUUGUAUUCCUUUCAAUAGGAUAAAAGUUGAAGAUAUCUCAAAUAACUGGAAACCGUUUUAAUUCAAGGAAUAUUGUUUAUAGUACCUAAGUUAAGACUAGUACACAGGUAGUGUACAGGGUUAAUAAUGUAGUUUUUCUAAAUACUUGGAUUGCUAUCAAGAUUUAAUAUAAUCGACUCAAUUUAUUGUAUCCCUGUGUUCCAUUUCGAUUGAUUAUAUCUUGUAUUUCAGUUAAAUUUAUUCAAACAAAUUCGGCUAAGACGCUGGCGAUGUUAAACGGUUACACAUUUUUCAAGCACGUGAAGUUAAGUUGUGGUUUUCGGUGGACAUGUUCCUGUCAUACGUCGAGGAAAUGCAAAGCCGCCUUGGUUAUCGCCAAUACCGGUGAGGUGGUCAAAAUCAACGAUACCCAUACGCACGAACCUAGUCGAUAUGUAUGCCAUAGUGGAAUCUACUUCAAAGUGUAAUUUUACUAGGACUCUGUGUGAAAUCUGUACCACUUUGAGUUCACGGAGUAUUCGGCGGAGAUUACUGGGUUCACAAGUUGAAGAAGAAAUAAAGGGAUUCACUGAACCCAGUAAAACUUUGAAAAUGAUGUAUCAGGAGCUAAGUUCUAGAAUUGCUGUUUAUACAUUUAUUAAAAUUGUCAAAAAAAUGUUACCAUCUAAAAAUUUAGAUGUACAUGAGAAUAUUCAAUUUGUGAUUAAAUAAAUAUGUUUAGAAGAUUUUAAAAAUUGUAAAUACCAACCUAAUUAAAACAGAUAACCUUACAGUAUUCUUUUGCGUUAAAAUUUAACGGAUAACCUAUGUUUGUUAUAAAUGUAGCAAUGAAGGGGUUGCCUACGUAGCCGUAAACAAACUGGUACUGACUUUGUAGCAAUGAUAUUGACCGACAGAAACACCUGGGAAUAUGAAACCAAGCUGGCAAAUGAUGAUCGGUAUCGAGUCCUCAUGGUCAAAGGUCGACACGGGAAAUAUCUGUUAAUGUUUAAUGGCUAUACGUACUAUCAGCAUAAGACGUUACGAGAUGGGUACCGCUGGAGCUGCACACAAAUGGGUUCCAGGUCUUGUAGAGCAUUCCUCCAUGUUACGAAAGAGAAACUGGUGAUACGAGCUCAAACAAAUCACACACAUCCACCGUCAACGUACUCCUUUGAGAGUAUCAAGCCAAAAGACACUGAUGAAAGAAAAAAUCAUACAAACCGAAAAUUAGGCGUAUCAUUCAAGAUAGAAAAUAUUCAAGGGCACGUAGGAUUUUAGAAAAAGUCCUUCGUGAGAGGAAUUAGA